UUAACCUAACCUAAAUCUGUGUCAGUAAAUUGUCAAAGUAGAUAAUGUUUAUUUUUACGGCUGAUAAAUGAUUUAUAGAACCUUGAUUAUGAGCAAAUAAUUUGGUGAGCUAGCUUGUAAUUAAUCUUCCCAAAAUGAGCGAAAAAUUGGAUUUAAAUUGCGAAAAUGAGACCCAUAUGUUAGAAGUUAACAUUCCAGAAGUGAAAACUGACCAUAAUGAAAACUUGGAACACAACAAAAUUUAUAAAGCGGUGGUAUUUAUUAAUCAGGGAACAGACAAACUUGUGGAAGAUGAAAAUGGUAGUAACCAAGAUCUGACUGUUGACGUAUUAGAAAGUACAGGUAGGACGAAAGUUGAGACUGAUUUUGAUAAUAAACUGACUGAAACUAUAGCAUAUCAGCAAAAGAUUAUUGAGCAAAACACUGAUAAAAUUAAGGGGUUCGAGGAGAAAUGCACGUAUUUGGAACAGCAGAGGAAGGAGUUGAUAUCUCAAUUGGAGCAGGCUGUGAAACAAAAAGAUGCCGCAAUAAAAGAAAAAGAGGUAAUGGUGAUGCGAUACGCCGUCGGCGAGAAAAACGUCCUGAAGGAGAAGCAACAAAGGGAACUCGCCGAGAAAAAGUACAAAGAGGCUACGCGUGACAACGAGAUAUUCCAGCACAAGGUGCAGACCAUGGUAUCGGAGAAAGCGAGGAUUUGCCAGAUGCUAGACAACAAGUGUUACGAACACAAAACCGUCCAGCAGGAAUUAGAACGAACCAAAGCGGACUUGUCGGCGCUAGAAACCAAACUGAAAUGGUCUCAGAAUAGCUUGAAAUCGGAGAUCGAGGCGCACAAGGAAUGUCAGGGUAAGGUAGAAUCAUUAAAUUCGAAGCUGCAAGAGGUGCAAGAUCAAAUUGAACAGGCCAAACGUGACGCAGAGGACUCCAUCAAAUCAUUCCAACACUCCCAAGAAAACAGAGCGUUCGUAUUAGAUCAGCAAGUAAAAGAGCAACAAGCGUCACUGAUACUCCUCAAGCAUGAAAAGAAGGAUAGAGAACAGCAGGUAAAAGCCCUGCAGAGUGACCUGCAACGAUUGCAAACCAAACAGAAGGACAUGCUGCAGGAGAACAACGACUUGUCGCUGAAGGUUCAACAGUUGGAGAGGGAACGUCUGGAAACCGAACAAAAACUGAGCGAACUGAGAGGCUGCGCCGAUCAACAACGGCAAGACUUCGCAGACCUACAGGCCAAGACCGUGCAACUGGAACAGUUAAAACUGCAGUUGAAACACGAGCAGGAUCAGUUGGCAGCCUGCAAGGAACAAGUGAACCUACUCAAACAGAGGAACUCCGAGUUGGAAUCUGACAUGGAGUCGUGCCGGGUCCGCGAGGCGGAGCUGCUUUUGUUCACGCAACAGCUCACCGACAAGAACGUGAGGCUGCAGUCGGAAUUUACCUCCAUGGAGACUAAAGUGCAGCAGUUGACUUGCGAGCAGACCCUGCUAAAGAGACAGAUCAAGGAACAGGAGACCAAAGCCAGUAUGUUGUCCGCCAAGUUGUCCGAGGAGAGGCUGAAGUACGGCGAGGAAGUUGAAUCGCUCACGAGAAACUUGGAGGAGAAGACAAAGUCGUUUGAGCAGUGCAAGCAGGAGGCCGUGGAUCAGAAGGGGGAGAACGUGUUGAUGAAACGGAAGUUCGAGAUGUCCUUAAGGGAAGUGAACAAGGAGCUGCAGCAGUGCCGUAAGAAGCUGGAGUACUUCGAGAGUAUGGAGAACACGAGCAGGAGCAGUUCGAAUUCGUCCUUGAACGGAGCCGAACGGUCGGUAGAACCGGAACAAGUGAAGGUGAUCCAACCCGAUGCCCAGAUAGACAAACAGGCGCUCAUAGAGCACAUCGUGAAGCUGCAGAGGAUCAGCGCCAAGAAGUCGGAGAAGCUGGACUUUCUCGAGGAGCACGUCAACACCCUGGUGGCGGAGCUCCAGAGGAAAUCCAAGCUGUUGCAGAAUUACAUAUUGCGGGAGCAGGCCGGGACCCUCACUUCCAAUUCGAUGGACAGCAACAAGGCGAAGCUAGCCAAACUGAACGGUGUGAUGGCCUCAAUGUACAGCUCCCGAGUCGUGGACGACAGUCUCACGCUCGAAUUGUCGUUGGACAUCAACAGGAAGCUACAGGCUGUACUCGAGGACGCACUGCUUAAAAAUAUCACUUUAAAGGAAAAUGUAGAUACUCUAGGUUCCGAGAUCGACAGGUUAACAAAACUGCUAAAAUCAUGAAGCUGUUCUACGAUCCCGCUGUAGAAAAAAAUAAAUAAGUAUUAAUCCGUGUAUAAAAGUAUUUCUUAAUGUUUAUGAUCUCAGUAAUUUAAUUGUUAUUGUAAAAAUAUUAUGUAAUUGAAGAGUAUCUGAAAAAGAGACGUUACAAGGAAUUUUAAUAUCGUUUAAGUCGACUAGUCAUUGCCGUACCAAGUAUUUGGUAGUUUCUCGAAAUGAAUUGUAAGAAAAGCAAAAAAUUGUCCAAACUGCCAACUCGGCGAAAGAAAUCCCCCAAAGUUAAUUUAAAAACUUACUUUCAGCGAUUAACACUAAGCAACAGUGAAACCCGUUAGCAUUUUUAUUUUUUUUAUUGUAAUCUCAAAUAAAUCCUACCAAAUAUUACCAAAUUUUU